UAUUACGUGGCUUACAAUGAAAGCUGUUGUGAAAUCGGUAUGCUUAAUGCAACGAGAUACAGUCGUUAUCGCUGCGGAUGUUGUCGAUUGCGUGUCGAUUGUUGACAAUUCUCGUUCGUUCAUUCGUCGCUUUUAUAUCGUAGCGUGAUCUAGAAUAGUCCCUCAGAAUGCAUCCAUAGUAUCGACAUAAUCGGGGACUGUUAUGUCCCUUUUUAUGUACGGUCUAGAGGUUCGUCUCGUGUCACGAAUGCUACCGUAUUAUAAAUCAAAUUGGAUUGCGUCGCUGGGGUGCCUUCUUUGUUAUACGUAAGUAAUGUACAAGUUAUAUUUAUAAUAUAACUGGGGGGUACAUAAAAUACCGGAGUAAACUAUUCAUAGGUGACGAUCAACAAGCUCUAUGCAUAAACCGACAAUAAAUAUUUUACACAUUAACAUGAAUCAUGAUGAUCACACUAAUCUAUCUAUGACAACUAAAGAAAUAAAUCACGUUUAAUAUAAAAUUUAAAUUCUGUUUGUCUUAAUCGCUAAACCUAAGUAGGUACCUUACAAGGAAAUAUUCUGUAUAGGUUUGUUCGUAGCGGGAAGGAACCUCCAUCACGUCACGGUAUCGGAACAGCUGAAGGCUCGCAGUGUAGGGCGGGCGGCCGCCGCGACUCCACCCCCGCUCCGUUACGUUCUACGCCCCGCAAGUUACGCGCUACGUCCUAACUCCUACAUGUUACAUACUAAUGGAAAAGAAAACACGUUAAACUUUAUCUCUGACCUCUUUGCUACAUUAUGCCGCUGAAAUGAAGACAGCUAGACGAAAAACUGAAAAUGGAAGACGAUUAUGAUGAUGAUGAGCCGUUCAUUUACCGACUGAACGAUAAUGGUACGGGGCCCGGUUUGCUUAUUAAGAUAUGUGCGGAACGGGGCUGGCGGUUGUACCAGGGCUACAGCGGUGGUGAGGAGAAAUGGAACUUAUGGUGGCGUACUAGCGCCUUCCCGGCCGCGUGCUAUAAGGCCCUCGGUGACUGGCAGUUCAUGAACCACAUACCGAAGGGCGGGUCCAUCUGCCGGAAGGACAGUCUGUCGCGUCUCCUGCGCUGCAUGCGGAAAAUAUACGGCUCCAUCUAUGAUUUCAGUCCGCCGAGCUACCACCUACCCCUUGAGUAUGCCAAGCUGGUGUCAGAGUGCGCGCGGCUGCGGCGCGGCGAGGAGGCGCCCGGCGUGGUCUGGAUACACAAGCCCGUGGCGCAGAGCCAGGGCCGAGGCAUCUUCCUGUUCAGGAGUGUCUGCGAGAUGCGGUGUGGCAGCGCCGCAGUUGUGCAGCGGUACAUAGAACGACCGCUCCUCAUAGCUGGAUAUAAGUUUGAUCUGCGGCUGUACGUGUGUGUGCCGGGGUACCGCCCGCUCACUGCCUACAUGUAUGCGGAUGGAUUGGCUCGGUUUGGAACAGACAAAUACACUUUGUCAGACAUCCACAACCCGUACCGCCACCUCACCAACUCUUCACUCAACAAGACUGGACCUAGAUAUGCAGAAUGCAAAGACAGGAUUGGCAGUGGCUGCAAAUGGACUUUGAAGCAAGUGCGGCGCGCGCUGAUUGGUCGUUGGGGGGUCACCGAGUGGCUGGUGUGGCAGCGCAUCAGAGCCCUGGUGACCCUGACUCUGCUGGCGCAGGCCGCCGGCACGCCGCCCGCUAAGAACUGCUUCGAGUUCUAUGGAUUUGAUGUGCUGCUGGAUGAUACUUUGAAGCCUUGGUUGAUUGAGGUGAACCUGUCUCCAGCACUAGCGUCGGACUGCGAGGCGGACGUCACAGUGAAGCGGCCGAUGCUGCAUGAACUCUUCGACCUGCUAGGGCUGCCCAUGCGGCACACCGGCCUGGCGCUGCUGCAGGGGCCCGCGCAGACUACCUGUUCAGACGAAGAGAACGCGUCACUACCGCGCCCCCGUACCACGAAGUCGCCGGUGGUGAGCGCGGGUCGCCGUGGUACGAGGUGGCGGCGGCGGCGGACCCUGCCCAUACAUUGUGUGACGCUGCAGCCUCCUAUGAGCGAUAAGUUUAUUGAAACCAAAGAAGCCAAUGGAGGGCGAUCUUCGAAGUCAUCAUCAGAACUGAGCACUGAUAACUCCGAUGAACAGUCCCCCUCCUCGAGCACCACAUCAUCAGACCCGCCAGAAGAGCCGUGCCGCUACACCACGGCGCACCGCAAGCGGCUGUCCUCAGCGGCUCGCUCGUGGGGCAACGGCGUGAGGUGGGACCGCGCGCCGGGGCGCACAGGGCAGUGGGUGCGGAUCUUCCCGCAUGUGCUGCCUCAUGAUGAUCAGCUAGGCAUGGAGGACAUCCGCGAAGGCGUGGCCCAAGUCUCGAAGCUGACUCGCGCGGCUCGCGAGGUGGCGCGCGAGUCGGCUCGCGACCCGCGCCCGCGGGACGGUGCCCGCGACGCCGCCCUGGACGCCGCGCUGAGGGACAAGCUCGGCUUCGGACCGCACUUCCAAGUCUGGCUGCCUCCCUUCUAG